CUUGCAAGGUCCCGGCUGCAAAAGCCGCGGCAGAAGAAGACCCUGACGUGAAGGGGACAUUGAGGGGAGGGGAGGGGGGGGAGAAGCAGGCGCCGACCAUCCCUCCCCAACUCCGCCACAAGACAACUUCGAGAACUGGAAUAACGCAACUGGGAUAAGCAGCAAAGCUUGACCUCCACCAGCCAUGGAAACCAGCCAGGAAUCUUCUCUGUUCCUUGUGAACAUUUUGGAGGAGCUGGAUACCAAACAAAACUCUGUCUCCUACCAGGAUCUCUGCAAAUCGCUAUGUGCUAGGUUUGAUCUGUCCCAGUUGGCCAAGUUGCGUAGUGUGCUUUUCUACACUGCCUGCCUAGACCCUAAUUUCCCCGCCACCUUGUUCAAGGACAAAAUGAGGUGCAGCGUGAACAACCAGCAGUCGAAGAAGAUCAUGGUUGCGGCAGACAUCGUAACGAUAUUCAACCUCAUACAGAUGAACGGCGGGGUGGCCAAGGAGAAGCUCCCUGUUUCGCGGGAAAAGAUGGGGAAGAAAGAGUCUCUGGAGUCCUGUCGAUCAGACACAGAAGUGUGCAAUAUGGUGGACUGUGUGCUCAACUGCGAGCUGAGAGAUGGAGAAUUUAACAGGGGGUAUUCGAACAGGAGGUCGUCCAAAUGCAGGAAAGGGGAUUGCAAGGACUGCCCACAGUUUGUACCUGCUUCCGAGCCCAACUUUCUUCUUGGGGUCAAUAAGGAACUGAAAGGCCGAGCGGCUUCCCUCGACCGACUGCAGGCCUUGGCGUCCUACACUAUUGGCAGCUCUCCCCCCUGCGAAAUGCAAAGCACGUAUUUCCCCAUGAACCUCGAAACUGAGUCUAUGUCUGACCAGGACUCCUUGCCCAUCAGCGGAAGCAUCAAGGAGGCGUUCAUUUCGAACGAUGAGCCGUUUGUGAUGCAGUCGUGCGUGCAGAAGCGGAAUAUCUUCAAGGAGGAUUUCCACAACCUCAUAACCAUUUCGCCCAGCUUAAUGUCGCCCACUAGCAAAGCAGAGGACGAGCUCGUCGAACCUCCGGGCAGGAAAGAGACCUCCAAGCAGGCAUUUUUCAACCACAGCUUUGAGAUGCCCUACAGCAGUCAGUACUUGAACCCGAUUUAUUCGCCUGUGCCUGAUAAAAGGAGGGUCAAGCAUGAAAGCUUAGACGAUCUCCAGGCUUCUACUUACUUCGGCCCGACAACCGUUUUCGGACCGCAAGAAACCAAACGGUGGCUGGGGAAGCCGAGCAAACAAACUCCGUGGCCGGUCAAAAGCUGGAGUUUGAACACCGAAGAAGUACCUGAUUUUGAAAGGUCCUUUUUCAACAGGAAACAGUCUGAAGAGAAUCCACGGUACCAGGGUUCAAACAGCCAGCCUUCCAAUUUCCCAGCCACCGAGAGGCGCCAGCCUUAUCUCAACCCCAAGGAACAGCAGUCAAUGAUGCAGUCUGGCUACGCCAUGAAACCGAACGGGCAUAAACCCAAAGACAUCCCCUCCAUCUUGGAAGUGGAGAAGCACGAGCCCAUGAAGAAGUUUAAAGACAAGAGUAUUAACUGCACCUCCAUCCAGCUUCUGAGCAUUGACAAAACGAACAGUGUUGGGACGCAGACAGACCAACAGGGGCUGGAACACAAGAAGUGCAAAGAGAUGGUCCACCCCAACCAGAGUAAGUACGGAGAGCGACAUUCUCUUAAGCAGUCUGAUGACGACUCUGAAAUUGUCAGCGACGACAUCAGCGAUAUCUUCAGGUUUCUGGAUGACAUGAGCAUCUGUGGGUCUACCGGGGUGAUGCAGUCGUCGUGUUACAACAGUACCGGCUCUCUUUCUCAGAUACACAAAUCGGACUGCGAAAGCUCCCCUGAACACCACUUAGCUAAAAUCUCCAAUGGAAAUGCCAGCAACAAGCUGGACAAAGUGUCGCGGCUGGAGAUCAGCGGCACAGACGACGAGCUGAAAACCAGCGUCUGCAAACUCGUUCUAAGGAUUGGGGAAAUCGAAAAGAAGCUGGAGUCUCUCUCCAGUGUCAGGGAUGAAAUUUCCCAAGUCCUGGGGAAGCUGAACAAGUUGGAUCAAAAGAUUCAGCAGCCGGAGAAAGUGAGUGUCCAACUGGAUCUCAAUUCCUUGACCAGUGAGGUUCAGUCUGAAGAAAGUACCUCGCCCAGGAUCUUUUCAUGCCAUAAUUCUUCACACGGAGGCAAACUGGAGAAUAAUCCGGACUGGUGUUGUUCGGAUGCCAGUGGCAGCAAUAGCGAAAGCCUACGGGUCAAAGCCUUAAAAAAAAGCUUGUUCACCAGGAGGUCUUCGAGGUCACUGACAGAGGAAAACAGUGCCACAGAAUCCAAGAUAGCAAGCAUAUCUAACUCCCCUAGAGACUGGCGAGCUAUCACAUAUACAAACCAAGCUGGCAUUACGGAGGAAGAUAUGAAAGACAGGGGUGGAGGCGAGAACAAAGACUGGCACAGGAAAUCCAAAGAGGCAGAUAGGCAAUAUGAAGCCCCACACGCCCCGAGGCACUCCAAGCAACCCAAAGAUGGCUUCUUGAUUGAGCAAGUCUUCAGCCCCCACCCUUACCCGGCGUCGCUCAAGUCGCACAUGAAGACCAACCCCCUCUACACGGACAUGCGGCUGAUGGAACUGGCGGAAGUGAAGCGGGCUCAGCCGUCGUGGACCAUUGAGGAAUACACGAGGAACUCGGGCGAGAAAGGGAAGUUGGCCGCUCUGGAUCUACAAACUCAAGAAUCUUUAAACCCCAACAAUUUAGAGUACUGGAUGGAGGACAUCUACACCCCAGGCUAUGACUCGUUACUAAAGCGCAAAGAAGCCGAAUUCAGAAGAGCAAAAGUUUGCAAAAUAGCUGCCCUGAUUGCAGCCGCUGCCUGUACAGUUAUCCUUGUCAUUGUCGUUCCCAUAUGUACUAUGAAAUCGUGAAUUUGACGAUGGAUGAAUAAAUCCGUCUCUGGAACAUUUGCUCCAGAUAAUUCCAUUCAGUCUUUUAAAUAAUCACCUUAUGGCAAAAAUUGUAACCGUGAACUGGGAAGGAUGCACUGAGCGAUCUCAGCGAGGGAGCAUGUAAAGACAUUUGGGGUUUGUUUGUUUGUU